GCGAGGCGAAUCCCUGGACAUUUGGCCGUCGAUGCGCGCCAUCCGUAGAAGAAGAGGAUGGGUCUUUCCUCCGUUUUUUUUUUAUGUGCUCUGGCUAACAGGCUAGCCGCUACCUGCCCGUCCAAAUUACCGGCAAGUUAGUCCGAUUCUGAAUGUCUCACAAAAGGACAAUCAACGAGCGGUUCGCGUUCUUUUGCAAGUACAUGCCGGGAUAUUGACACGGCGGGACUUUGGUUUAAAUGUGAAGCAGGUUAGGAGCUCUACGGGGGGUCCACAUCGUCAGUGAGCACAUCCACAGCAUGAUCAUGGCGACUGGGAGGUUUAAGCUGCAAAAUGUCAUGGACGAUGGCCUGAGCAGAGACUUGAUGGAUGCUGGUCGGUUUUGCUUCAGCUGUGAGCAGAUCUUUGCAAAUCGGAAGUGCCUGGAGGAACAUGUGUGUUCUGCUGCAAGUUUCAUAUGCUCCUGUGGAACGGAGUUUACUGAAUACACAGACAUGGAGGAGCACAGCACAACACAUGAACCUGGGCACCAGGUGCUGGAUCAUGAAACAAUAAGGAAGCGCAGAUAUGAGAAGCGCAUGGAGGAGGAGAGGCAGCUGAAAAGACUGCAGACAGGUGAGGUUGUGUGGAAGGCACCUAAAAUGGACAAUGUGGCAUCAAUUUCAUUGCCAGUGAAGCCUAAGUUCCAAGUUUCCAUGCAGUCUGCAUCGAUUCCACAAGUGCCUGAAUCGUACCCCUCGCCGUCACAAGAACCUUUCCCAAAUCCUUUUUCCUCUUCACCAGACAUGAAGAAUAUUUUUGCAAAUGUAGGAGCGCCAACAGUGGAUCUUUGGACACUUUACCAGCCAGUUGUGUUAAUUAAAACGGUUCGCAAAUUCAACAAGAAAAGGCCUUACACUUGUGGUAAAUGUGGGCAGGGUUUUAUGACAAAGACCUCUCUCAUAUCCCAUCACAGCUCCCAUGUCACAGAUAAAGUUUCUGGUUGUAUAGGAUGCGGGCUGCUGCUCUCCAGCAAGAAGUUAGUGCCUCGCUUCCAUGUUUGUAACUCACCCAACAAUGCUACUAAAUUCAGAAUCAUCACUGCAGAUCCAUUGAAGCCAAAUCCAGCACAGAGUCAGAAGCCAAGAGUGUGGGAUCCUCAGACUACUGCCUUUCUACAGGCGAAAAGCCAGAAUCAAAGUGUACCGAAUAAAGUCAGUCAGGUAUCUUGUGUCACUUCAACCCUGCCGUUGAAAAAUCAGAAUAUCACAACAUACAAUCGAAACAAUCAGGGGAUCAGUGUUGCUCUGUCCCGGCAGUCAAAGAGCCCAAGUCCCAUUUCGUCCAAAUUCCAUGGCACCACCUCCUUUCUACAGAAGAGCCACAGUCCAAGUCCUAUUAGAUCUUAUGAAAGCAGCCAGGGACUUCCUGUCGCUCUCUCUGGGACAUCCAUAAAGUCUGCAUCAGGUUUAGCAAGCAAACCAACAAAGACGCCCUCUGCAUCGAAUGGAUUCACAUGUCGAGUGUGUCAUAUUUCUUUUGAUUCUGCUCAUCUGCUUCAGAGGCACAAGUGCGCCAAAGCACAGGAGUUUAUGGCACAGCAUGGGCGUGCUGGCAAGCAGCAAUUAAAAAUAAGGAGCGUGACACCAAUGGUGAGCUCAAAUUUCACUCAGGUGAAUGGUGAAAGAAAGCUUGGUGCUCCAGCUUCUGGAAACAUCAAGAAGAACCAAAUCAUGGCCGUCACUUUGGACAAAGGGCAAGGGGCGGCUCCUGCGAAUGGGAAAAUAGGAGCAGACCUAGAAGAUGAUUGUUACAUUGUUGAAAGUGGACCAGACAAACCUGCUGAGAUGAUUUACCAAGUAACCUCCUCUGUCCCUAUCAAGACUUGACAAUAUUAGAGAGAUGCAUCCAGUUUGCAUGUCACAUUUUAUGUUGAUAAUGGACCAAGUGCUUAAAGAUAGUAGUUUCCUGGUUGAAAACAUCUACUUGUUUAAGUUCAUCGCACAGGAACGUAAUGCCCCCCCAAACUAUGCUCGAAGCUAGAGACAUUAAGAGAGUUGUGAAAAUGAACACGCAUUUCUUUAUGCUGGGUUAGGGUUAGGGUUAAAAUUUCUUUUUAUCUGUAAACAGCCCAAUAUUGACUUUCCAAAAGUCUAAAGUAGUCUCCCUACAACUGUUAUAAAACAUGUAAAUUUAAUAAAGUUUUAUUGAAAUGUAUGUGCAUGGUUUACCCAUGUUUGGUUGGAUAACCAGGUACUGUAUUGUAGUUGGUUUUUUUUUAAAUAUGUUUUUAGUAUGACCAGAAUGUGUUGUGAGGAUGUGGGAGAUGGGCCACAGUACCAUGCGUGUUCUCUCCAGCUUUGUCAGACUGCAAGAGUACAGUAUAUGUUGUAUUAAACUAUAUUUUCAAACUUUGUGUGUGUGUUCAUGCGAUAAUAUAGCAUGUUGUGUUGACAACAAGGUAAAUCAUAUGAUAAAUGGACUGAAUGUAAAGACCUUUUUAACCUCAGAUAUACUGUUUUACAUUUCAUGUGGACUUCCAACUGUCAGUCUACUUAAGUAUGGUUCAUGGUGUCUGACAAUUUAAAAAAAAAAAAAAAAAUUAUAUUAGAAUCCUAAAUUGAAGAUGCAGGAAUACAAAAAUGCAUAAGAAAAGAUCAACAGCAGGUGGGGAAAAAAUGGCAUUGUGGCCUUAAAAUCAUGUUCAUGGGCACAUUUCCGCAUAUAACCAAUAUUUAAACUAAAUGAAAAAUGCAAGGAGUGUAUAA